UUUGUUCAGGCUGCAAACGGAAUUCGUUUAUCAGUGACGGGAGUACUCGGCGCGCUCGGCACUUAGUAACCAGCGACAGAAUACUGCCAUCGUGCUGGUCACUUCGGGUGUGCAAGUACCGAGUAAGCGUAGUCAGGAAAGCGACGAGAACUUGACGGGAGCUAUGGAUGGCGGUGCUGACGUGGACGUUGACGAGGACGACUUUCUGGUGCUGGAUGAGGAUGACGAGCUCCGAGCGCAGCGAAUCAGCGCGGCCGGGGAGGGCACAUCUGACGAGGGCCCUUCUCUGCGCGAUUUCUCCAAGAUGCAGCUGAAGGAGGACCACGUGCAGCGACCCAUGUGGGUGUGCCCCGAUGGACGCAUCAUCCUCGAGACCUACUCCCCCCUCUACAAGCACGCCUACGACUUUCUCAUCGCCAUUGCCGAGCCUGUCUGCCGCCCAGAAAACGUGCACGAGUACAACUUGACUCCCCACUCCCUCUACGCCGCUGUCUCUGUGGGCCUGGACACCAACACCAUCAUCUCUGUGCUGGACCGCCUGUCAAAGACGAAGCUCUCUGCUGACAUCAUUGCGUUCAUCCGAGACUCCACUCAGAACUACGGGAAGGUCAAGCUGGUGCUGCAGCGGAACAAGUACUUUGUGGAAUCGCCAUAUCCCAAUGUGCUGCGGGAGCUGCUGAGAGACGACGUGAUUCGCCGAGCCAGAAUCAUGCCACCUGUCAACCAGGGAGCAGGAGAGGCGUUCGCAGUGCAGCAGGGGGGAGCAGCAGACGGGUCAGCAGCAGCGCUGACGCAUGCGCUGAUGGGGGCGGGGGAAGGGGAUGAGGGCGAUGUGGGGGGCGGAGGGGACGAUGGGGAGUUCCACUCGUUCGAGAUCGACCCCUCUCAGGUGGAGCGAGUGAAGCAGAGGUGUUUACCCAACGCGCUCAACUACCCGAUGCUGGAGGAGUACGACUUCAGAAACGACUCGGUGAACCCCGAUGUGGAUGUGGAGUUGAAGCCACAUGCCCAGCUCCGACCUUACCAGGAGAAGAGCCUAAGCAAGAUGUUUGGCAACGGCCGAGCACGGUCAGGCAUUAUUGUGCUACCCUGUGGAGCAGGCAAGUCCCUGGUGGGUGUGUCAGCAGCGGUGCGCAUCCGCAAGAGCUGCCUGUGCCUGGCAACGAACGCAGUGUCGGUGGACCAGUGGUGCCUGCAGUUCAAAAUGUGGUCCACCAUUAAGGACCAGCACAUCUCCCGAUUCACGUCGGACACCAAGGAGAUGUUCCAGGGCGAUGCGGGAAUCGUGGUGACCACGUUCAACAUGAUUGCGUUCGGGGGGAAGCGGUCAGCAGAAUCAAAUAAAAUCAUCGAGGCGAUCCGAUCACGCGAGUGGGGCUUGCUGCUCAUGGACGAGGUGCAUGUGGUGCCAGCUCAGAUGUUCCGCAAAGUCAUCGGCAUCACCAAGUCGCACUGCAAGCUGGGGCUCACAGCCACGCUGGUCCGCGAGGACGAGCUGAUUGCGGACCUCAACUUCCUGAUCGGUCCAAAGCUGUACGAGGCCAACUGGCUGGACCUGGUGCGGGGGGGAUACAUCGCCAACGUGCAGUGCGUUGAGGUGUGGUGUCCCAUGACCCGGGAGUUCUAUGCGGAGUACAUUCGAGCGGAUGCCAGGAAGCGACAGGGUCUAUACGUGAUGAAUCCGAACAAGUUCCGUGCGUGCGAGUAUCUGAUUCGCUUUCACGAGGAGCAGCGGAGAGACAAGAUCAUCGUGUUCUCCGACAACCUGUUUGCGCUCGAGCAGUACGCGAGGAAGCUCAACAAGCCCAUGAUCUAUGGCCCCACCAGCCAUGCAGAACGCACGCGAGUGCUAUAUGCCUUUAAGAACAGCCCCAACGUCAACACUGUCUUCCUCUCAAAGGUGGGAGACAACUCCAUCGACAUUCCCGAGGCGAAUGUGAUCAUCCAGAUCUCGUCCCACGCGGGGUCCAGGAGGCAGGAGGCGCAGCGGCUGGGGCGGAUUCUGAGAGCCAAGGGGCGCAAGGAGGACCGCAUGGCCGGGGGCACGGAGCACUACAACGCCUUCUUCUACUCGCUUGUGUCCACCGACACUCAGGAGAUGUACUAUUCGUCAAAGAGGCAACAGUUUCUCAUUGAUCAAGGCUACUCCUUCAAGGUGGUCACAUCUCUACCCCCACCAGGCGAGGGCGACGACCUCUGCUACACGUCCAAGCAGGAGCAGCUGGACCUGCUGUCCACUGUGCUGAGUGCAGGGGACGAAGCAUUGAGAGAGGAGGUCCUAGCAGAGGACUACGACGAUCUGAGCCACGUGCCGACCAUCGUGAGGCGGACAGCAGCAUCUAUGAGUGCCAUGUCGGGAGCCCAAGGGAGGAUGUACAUGGAGUACAGCACCGGCAGGGGGGGAGGAGCUGGGGGGAGGGGAGGGGGAGCAGGGAGAGGGGCAAAGCCCAAGGAUCCAGCCAAGAGGCAUUCUCUUUUCAAGCAGCGGUAUCGAUAGGAGCACACUGCGUUGCAGCACUGGCAACAAUCAAAGCACACUACCUUCGAUAGUGCUGUUGAUUGAAGUACGCUGCAUUGUAAGAGGAUGGCCUUGCUGACAAAGGCUACUGGGUUGAGAAAGACUUGUUAAAGGAGCUAGGUAGCUAGAGAAGCCAUGGAAAUGGCGUGAGGGUUUAGGCUAGGAGGAAAUGUUGAGAGAAAAGAGAGCUGGAAUAGAAGAGGAGAUACAAGAAGGGGGGUAGUCCCCUCUACAGUAGGAUUCUGUAACACCUACCUACCAAGCCUACAAUUAUAUAUACAUAAUAUGUAAUUUAACAC